UCAACACCAGAACCAAAAAGAAGCACGUUGAAGACUUUUUUUUUCUUCCGUAUUUAUUAACUUGGGCACUAUUUUUUAAUUUUAAUUUUUUUUUUUUGGGUGAUACUCUCGUUCGUAAUACAAGAUCUCUUUCCAUCCCAGUUCACCCAAAAAAAAAAAAAAAAAAACAGCCUUUCAUUGUUCUAAACGCUACCGUUGGCUCUCUGUCUCCGUCCAUCUUCUCCACUGUAAACCCUAUAAACAGUGGGGAGCACUGCAAUGAGAAUCAGCCAUUACAACUUUACAGGAAGAGGGGAUGCAGCUGCUUAGAUGUUUGGUCAUGCGGAUUAUCUUCAAGAUUUUUUUUAUUCAUCUUGGAGAUAUUGCUCCUUUUUAAGUGGAUUGGUUGGCAGUUUAAUCUCAAAGAAUUGCGCGGAUGUGAUUGGCUUACCUUCAAGAAACUCUCUUUCUAAAUUGGUUGAAGAAAGGGAAACUCAACUUUCAACCUUCAUGGCUCAAAGGGAUUUUAUAGAUAUUAGUUCAUCUGAUAGUGAAACAGAGAGGGAAGAAGGGGAAUCUGUCAACAGUAGAAUUCUUUCACCUUGGGCAUCUGGAACUGGCUCAAAUCCGAGUACAGAUUAUGCUGGGCAGUCUAGAAAGGUGCCUUCUCCUAGAAGAGCAUAUGCUUCUAAUGGAAGCUCUCCUAAUUUUAAUCACCAUGCACAGGUGAAACAGAAGUUUCAUCCCAGUUCAAGCGAUGACAUAAGAACCUCAAGUCGACAGGCGGCUCGAGCACAUUUUGGAAAUGUGGAACAGCCUCAGAAUUCACGAAUCGCUAAUAUUUCUGUUAAGGACUAUGAGAAAAUCUCAUCCCAACGGGAUUUGAAGAGGACCCUUCCCCCAUCUCUGCAGAAUGCAAGAGAUAACAUGGCCCACAGUCAGUUUGGUGAUACUUAUGGAACCAAUGGCAAGGGAUUUAUGAGAGACCAUACCAGGGGCAAUGCCAAUGAAUUUGUUAGGCCUGAGAGCAGUGGGAGUAGGGUCCUGCCUCCCACUUUCAUGCAUGGAAAGUCAUUUUCUACUUCACAGUUUGCUAGUUCAAGUGACCCCGCAUACCAUCCUGGCAUAGGUGAAGAAAGGGUCACUGAUAGUGAUGAGAGACUGAUAUAUCAAGCAGCACUAGAGGAUCUCAAUCAACCAAAAGUUGAAGCUACUCUACCUGAUGGUCUUUUGUCGGUCCCUCUUUUACGGCAUCAGAAAAUUGCUUUGGCAUGGAUGCUUCAAAAGGAAACUAGAAGUCUGCAUUGUCUAGGUGGAAUCUUAGCAGAUGAUCAGGGCCUUGGUAAGACUAUCUCAAUGAUUGCCCUUAUACAAAUGCAGAGGUUUUUGGAUUCACAAUCAAAAUCUAAAGAUUUAGGCAAUCAUAAAACUGAAGCUUUAAAUUUGGAUGAUGAUGAGGACAAUGGCAGUGGUGGUUUAGAUAAAGUCAACAAGACUGAGGAAUCUGAUGAUAUUCGAUCAACUCCAGAAGUUAGUACAUCUGCACGGUCCUUCAAAAAGCAGAGGCCAGCAGCAGGUACAUUGGUUGUGUGUCCAGCAAGUGUUCUUCGACAGUGGGCUAGGGAGCUGGAUGAUAAGGUCGCUGAGGAAGCAAAGCUGCGUGUCCUUAUUUAUCAUGGAGGCAGCAGGACAAAGAAUCCUGAAGAACUGGCUGGCUAUGAUGUGGUUCUCACGACAUAUUCUAUUGUAACCAAUGAAGUCCCGAAACAACCUUUAGUUGAUGAUGAUGAAUCUGAUGAGAAAAAUGGGGAAAAAUAUGGAAUGUCUUCUGAAUUUUCAAUUAAUAAGAAGAGAAAAAAGGCUCCUGUUGUUAGUAAGAAGGGAAAGAAGGGCAGAAAAGGAAUUGAUAGUUCCUCUUUUGAUUGCGGUUCUGGUCCCCUUGCAAGAGUGGGUUGGUUUAGGGUGAUACUGGAUGAAGCUCAGACAAUUAAGAAUCACAGAACUCAAGUGGCCAGAGCCUGCUGUAGCCUUCGAGCCAAAAGAAGGUGGUGUUUGUCCGGUACACCUAUACAAAAUGCAAUUGAUGAUUUAUACAGCUACUUCAGAUUUCUGAAGUAUGAUCCCUAUGCUGUAUAUAAGUCAUUUUACAGUACCAUUAAGGUUCCAAUAUCGAGAAAUUCAAUCCACGGUUACAAGAAGCUUCAAGCAGUUCUGAGGGCUAUAAUGUUGCGUCGAACAAAAGGAACAUUGAUCGAUGGGCAACCUAUAAUUGAAUUACCGCCAAAAACAAUACAUUUGAGUAAAGUGGAGUUCUCAUCUGAGGAGCGGGCCUUCUAUACCAAGCUAGAAGCUGAUUCACGUACUAAAUUCAAGGCCUAUGCUGCUGCUGGGACAGUUAAUCAAAACUAUGCAAAUAUCCUUUUGAUGCUUUUGCGCCUCCGGCAGGCUUGUGACCACCCACUGCUUGUUAAGGGAUAUGACUCUGACUGUGUUGGGAAAGAUUCUGUGAAAAUGGCAAGGCAACUUCCUAGAGUUAUGCUUUUGGAUCUACUGCAUCUCCUGGAAACUUCCUUGGCCCUUUGUCGUGUAUGCAAUGAUCCACCUGAAGACCCUGUUGUUACUAUGUGUGGCCAUGUUUUCUGCUAUCAGUGUGUAUCAGAAUAUUUGACGGGUGAUGACAAUAUGUGCCCUGCUAUUGAAUGUAAAGAACAAGUUGGUCCUGAUAACGUCUUCUCCAAAUCCACUCUCAUAAGUUGCCUAUCUAAUGAUCUUGAUGGUAGUUCAGUGAAUUCUCAGUCGGAUGAGAAAUCAAUUGUGGUACAGAAUGAGUAUAGUUCAUCUAAAAUCAGAGCUGUUAUUAAGAUUUUGCAGUCACAUUGCCAGUUAAACGACUCAAAUUCGGAACCGUACAACUCUACUGGACGCAAUGGAGACCCUUAUUUUGGAACCGAAAUCACAGAUAGUAGCUAUUCAGGUGUUGAUGUUGUAAAGCACACAACAGUAGUUUCAAACUCCCCAAAUGAUGGACCAAUAAAAGCAAUUAUUUUCUCCCAAUGGACUAGCAUGUUGGAUUUAGUUGAAACAUCACUGAACCAAUAUUGUAUACAGUACAGAAGGCUUGAUGGUACAAUGAGUCUGGCAUCAAGAGACAGGGGUGUCAAAGAUUUCAACACUGAUCCUGAGAUCACUGUUAUGCUUAUGUCCCUAAAGGCAGGAAACCUUGGUCUGAACAUGGUUGCUGCAUGCCAUGUUAUCCUUUUGGACCUGUGGUGGAAUCCAACUACUGAAGAUCAAGCUGUUGAUCGGGCACAUAGAAUUGGACAGACUCGACCUGUUACUGUAACACGUCUCACUAUUAAGGAUACAGUGGAGGACAGGAUAUUAGCUCUACAGGAAGAGAAGAGAAAAAUGGUUGCGUCUGCUUUUGGCGAAGAUCAUAGUGGGGGCUCUGCCGCACGUCUGACAGUUGAGGAUCUCAGAUACCUAUUUAUGGUUUAGAACACAAGGCUCAGGCUCAAGUAUUUUUGCUGUAUCAAGGGUUGUCUAGAAACAAUUAUAGAGAAUUAUGAAUCGGGAUCCUGAUUAAUGAAGGAUACAUGAAAUAUGUGGUAGCAGAGCCGGUUGAUGUAGGCUCUGUCAUGGGUGUAGACAGAUGUGCAUCCUAACCUGCGUCCGUUUUUUGACUUCCCAGGCCAAAGAAGGCAUUUUUUGUUCCCCUCAAGUGCUGAGUAGCAGCACCCGUAGGGCGGCUGUAAAUAUUCUAAUCUAUUUUAUUGUACAAAA